AUGGUUCUUGCAGAUCCAUUGCGGAGUCAGAUUGUUGGGGGGCACGAAGCCCAGCCCCACUCCAGACCCUACAUGGCUGCCUUGAAGUAUCCCAAUGGGUUUUUGGCCUGUGGCGGAUUCCUGGUGGCACCCCAGUGGGUAAUGACGGCUGCACACUGCAAUGGCAACUAUAGGGUCACCUUGGGGGCACAUAAUAUCUACAUUAAAGAACCCUCUCAGCAAGUGUUCAGUGUUGAGACUAACUACAAACACCCUGACUAUAACAUGUUCACCACCUCAAACGAUAUCCGUCUGCUCAAGCUGAAUUCCACAGCUACUCUGAAUAAAUAUGUCAAGACUCUGAACUUGCCCAAGUCCAGUGGUUACCUCUCCAAGGGGACAUCCUGCAGUGUGGCAGGUUGGGACCGGAUCUACAAAGAUCUGCUUCCAAAAACACUCUAUGAGACGAACAUCACCAUCUCUGACUGUAGGUCCUCUUCAGAUCUCAAUGUUGGGAAGGUCUGUGCCGGGAGACGCGAUGAGCCUGAGGAUUCUUUCAAGGGCGAUUCGGGUGGCCCUUUGGUGUGCAAUGAUGUGGCACAAGGAAUCGUCUCGUAUGGCAAUCCCUGCCCUCCUGGAGUUUACACUCGUAUCGCCCACUACCUUCCUUGGAUCAAGAAAACCAUGAAAUUGUGA